GUCAGAUUGAGGCUUAUCAAUCAAGGGAAGAAGAAAACGACUCAGAUCUGAAAACUUGGAAGGUAAAAUAAAAAAUAUAGCAUUUAAUCUUGUAUUUUGUUUUCAUGCAGUUAAAAUUUAUAGGGUUUUGUAAUUAAUAUGCAAGGAAAUUACUUAUUAUUGAAUAUCAUUAACUUAAUUUUAAUGUAUUUAUAAAUUACUCCAUAUAUUUAUAAAAACAGUAUAUGCCAAUAAUGUAUUUCUAACUAAACCAAAUAGUAUAGUGCAUGUCUCUAUUUUGUUAUAUAUAAACUUAAUUGACAAGUUUUAAGAAUAAGAUGUGUUGCAAUCAAAUUUUAACUUAAUGUAUAAAUCUAAUCACAUGUGAAAGGAUCAAUCUAAGAGUCUGAUGAAAGAACUAGAGAAUGUUCAGAUUCAGCAAGAGUGCACUGUUGCUGAUUUUAAGAAGCAAAUUUCUGAUAUGGCUUGCAAGUUGGAGGCUUACCAGUCAAGAGAAAAAGAAAACAAUGCACAAUUGGAAAUUCUGAAGGUAAUGUUUAGAAGUUGUUAUUGUGUGUAAAUUUAUUUGAAAUAGGACUUCAAGAAUUUAAAAAAAUUUCAUCAACUAUAUAAUUAAAGCAAGCUUACAAUAGUUUUUAAGAAAUCCAGCACAACUGUUUUGCCCAAAAUUAUUUUAAGCAUAUUGAAAACUAUGGCGAAAAAUUUUAAUAUAAUAUUUAAUUACAGUUUAACAUUAUAUGUUUUCUUUGAUUUACAGUCACAACAAAAUUAUUUUGAAUCCAAGUGUAAAUCAUUACAAGAGGAGAAUAGAUCGUUAUGGGAACGAGAGACUAAGAGAGUGAAGGAAAAUGAUGGACACAUGAGGAAAGCAAAUGAAUUCUGUCAAGAGUUAAGAAAACAGCUAGAUGAGGAGAAAAGGAAGGUAGGGCAUCAAUAACUAAAGAUUUUUCUGUGGUAAUAUUAUUUAGUAAAUAAUAUUUUUAAACCCUAGAGCAGUGGUUCUCAACAGGUGUGCCAUGGCACAGUAGUGUCACAUAAGAUAUGCUAGGUGUGUCGCAAAACUUCUAAGAGUUUGUGAUUAUGCUUGUAAAAGUUAUCAAAGAAUUGCUAACUUAAAAAUUGUUUUCAGUGGGACCUACUACUUAGGAUAAUGUGUUGUGAACCAAAAUAGGUUUGAGAAGCACUGCCCUAAUGAAAAUUUAACCUUGAUAAAAAAUUCAACUGAAUGAAUAUUAUAUAGCUAUCAAUAAUUGCUGAUUGAAAAGAAACGAAAAAAACCCUGCACAUUUCAAAUACAAAAAACAUGGUGCCCACAAGAUGACCUAUUCAAAAUUAUAAUGACAUACGGUAACUGUAAAAGCUUCUUACAUGGAAAAGAUUAUCUAGAUUUUUAAAAAAUAUUAUCUUUUUGUGAAAUUGACUUGUUAAAACAUUUUUUUUAACAUUUCAGCGGGAGAAAUCUGAAAAGGGGUCUCAAAGUAUGAUUGAGCAAUGCAAGCUUUAUGAACAGAAAAUACAGAAGAUGAAGGAGAUGCAAGGAAAUUUGAACAAGGAAUUAAAGCUGGAGAGAGAAAAAAGUGCAAAGAUAAAAAAACAGAAUGAGAGCGAGCAGUCAAAGUACGAGGAAAUGAGACAAAAACUUGAAAUAAAAGAGAAGGAAAACAAAGCUUUUGGUAUGAAGAUAUUAAGUGGACUUCAAGAAUUGAUUGUAGAAUGUUUAAUCAGAAAGUCUUACAUAUAUUGAUGUUGAUAUUAAUUUAAAAUCAAUUUUAUUUAUCUGUAACACAUUGACCUGAUGGAUGACAAUUUUUCAAGGAAUUGUCUUUUGAGAUAAAACAUGAACUUUGAACUACUGCAUCUCUGGCCAAGUGUUGCAAGGUCCUCCUCAUUUCAUUAAGCCCUGUGGUCUCUCUGUGUCUAGUGGCACCGUUACAGGAUCACUAAUCCACUCCUGUAUUGUAUUUCAGCUUUUGAGAUCAAUCAAAUUAGGACGUCACUUGAUUUCUCAGAGAGGCAACUCAGAGACUAUAAACAUCAGUUGGAGCAAGCAGGAACGGCCCUGUUGGGGGAUCAAACCCACUUCAAGCAUGCCCUCAUUGAGAAAGGUAAGAAAUGACCAUUGACACCAAUGGUUUUUCCUAAUUUGUAAAGCUUUCUUUUAGUAUAUACUUCUCUACUUCAGUAAAAGUUUCAGUUAUGUCUUUUAGCCAAAGGCUCCCAUCCCCAACUGUUUGAUGAGUCUACCUCCAAACAAAGAGUUUUGAAUUAAUAUAGUUUUGUUGUUUAAAAAACGUCUUUGAUUUAAAUAAUGUCGGCAACCACAAUCUUUAGAAAAGCUUAAUGAACAUCAGCUUAAAGCUGUGUGCAGAAUUGGGUCAGGCUUAUAUUGGACUUCCAUGAUUGGCUGCACUUGCAGUGUCUCAAAGUUCCUAAAUUCAGUAAUGAGAUGUCAGCUUGUCAUAUUUUGUAACAUUGUAGCAGCAGCUAAAAUCUAUUUUAAAAGUGGUCAGAGCCCCUUUCUUUAUGAUACAGUCUGGGCAGCAGAAGACAUAUAUUUGCAUUAUGUCUAUUUUUGGAUAUGUUUAGUAUCUGUCUUUUACUUUAUGCCAGUGGUUGCCAAACAUUUUUUACUAGUGCACUAAAUAGACACCAAAAAUUUGUGUCAAUAUAACAAUAUAAGGUAAGCUUUACUAAUAAUUUUAUAGACUACAAAACUAUACGUUUCGGCACAUGCCUUCAUCAGUACAACAAAAAGACGAAUAAGUAAAAAUUAAAUUUACAUAAUAUAUAUAUUUACUAGUGGAGCCCUUUUUAGAAUCAAUUUAGUGUGGACUCCCCUUAUUUCUUACCAUUUAAUAGUGGUUAGGAGGUAACUGGAGUGGUCUAGGAUUACCUGAGAAGUGCAUAUUUAGGGCUCCACAUUGCACAGGUUUUGAACCACUGCUUUAUACUAUAUGUUUAUUUGUUUUAAAGUCUUUUAGUAAUACAAUAAUCAUUUUUAAAAGUCUUGAUUAAAAAAAAAAAUGUUCUUUAGAACAUAUUGCUUAUAAUAGCAUAUUAUUUUAUGGGGUUGGCUUACGAGCAAGCUACACACUCUCCCCUCCAAAACUAGGGGUCGGCUAAGGAACUGACAGGCGUUAGAUCAAGUGCGUACGGUAAAUAAAAAUUCUUUGUAUUUAUUGUAUAAUGAGUAGCUACAAACAGGGAGAAAGAAUCCAACACUAUGAUUAAUGCUCUUAUGCUGAAUAUUUAAUCAAUAACAUGACUUUAUAUUUAGACUUUUCAGAUGAUUCAAUGGAAAUUAGGAACUCUUUUAGCUCUAGAAGUCUUAGAUCAAGGCGCUCCAUUGGUAAGUUUUUUACAAAAAGGUUAUAUGCAAUGUAGUCAACAUAAGGAUGAUAAUAAAAAAAACACUAUUAUUUUUAACAUUUCUUUUUUAAUAUAUUUAACAAUAUUAAAAAGCUGGAUUUUUCAUCAGCAUAUUCCCUCUUAGGCCAAAUCAGUGAAACAAAUUGGUUUGUUCAUCUCACUUUGUUCAAUUUAAAAUGAAUUCCUUUUCCCUCCACAGACAAUGAAACUCUGAAACCCAACCUCAAUGAAACGAUUAUAUCUGCUGAUAGAGUCAUGUUAAAGAGGUACUUACUUGUGGGCUUUACCACAUAGAUCAAUAAAAUACAUUGCAACAGAUCAAGAAGAAAAAACUCUGUUAUUUAAUUUAAAAAGAACUGACAAUAUUUGUGAUAACAUGUCCGGUAAGUUUAGAUUUCCUUAUUUUCUCUGCAGGGACACACUUUUUAAUGCCUCAGAGACUCAAAGCAGAGCUCAUGGUACCCAAGGACGGCAGACAGAGGAUCGCUUGAGCAUCUGUUCAGUAUCUUCCUCUCAGUCUAUCAAGAGUGCAAACAAUGGUAACAUUCAAAUUAAUCUUGUUAUUUAUUGAUAUUAGAACUAAGAGUUUUAAUCUUUGCCACCAAUGAACAAUACAAGCAUUGAUAAACAUCUAUAAAUUCCCAGGAUCUAUUUGCCCCCCCUUAAUCCAACCUUUAUGGUUGCUGCUUGCCUCAAUCCAUUGAUUGGUUUCUGCCUGAACAAUAAUUAUUGAAUACCAACUUGCAGCUGGUUUCUUGCCUAAUGCUAUGUCCUGUGCCAAUGAACCAGAAGGACCAGAGUUUGAAUGGGACCGACUGAGUGAGCUGCAGAGAAGGAACACGUUGUGCCCGCCUCACAUGAAGUCCUCUUAUCCUGUAGAGAUGCAGACAGUGAAAAAAGAAAAGUUUGCUGAUGAGUCCUUGAGGCUGAGCCUGAUGCCAGACAAAAGAAGGAAGGUUACUACACUUUAAAGCCAACUUCUAGUUUACUUCUAUUUACUAAACUCAUUAGCAAAAGUUUAAGGAGAUCUGAGUUGGGUCUCAUUUUGUUUGUUGACAAACCUUUCACUAAGUAUCAAAUUUAUAAGAUUAUUAUGGUUUCAAACCCUAAUAUUUUUGUUUUUGUUUAAAUUUAUUAUUAUUUUUUUGGGGGGUCAUCAUCAUGUGUUAAAAAGCAGAUUGAAUCCACUAGACAAGAGUUGAAACAUAUUUGAAUCUUGUAGAAUUUAAAGUUGUGAGUUAUUAUUAAAAUUAUUUGUGGUUUAUUUGGUUUUAUUUCAAAGGCAAGUCCAGCCAGGUCGUCAAGUUCAAGAACUCAUACAGCAUCAUCAAAUUAUUCUCAACAAAUAACAGAUAAAAAUGUUGCCACUAAAAGAAAAUCAUCCUCCAAAGACUCAAGUGAUGAAAAGUUUGAGGAAAGUCCUCCUAAACAGGUAAUGUUGAUUUGAGUGUGCUUUAUUGAAUCAAAUGAACAGUUUGUGUUUCAUCAUCAGCUGUCAGAACUUGAGGUUCUGUGUUUUUAAUUCCAAAUAAAAUGUAUUUUGUCUAAGGAACAUGAUAGGUAUUUUAAAUAACCUGGUAUUGUCAGAGCAGGCUGCAUGACGGAAAUGGGUCUUGAUAAAACAAAUAUAUUAAACCCUUGUGAGUGUUCUGGUGGGGUGUGGGUCAUAAAAGGUUGGGAACCUUCUGGACAAAUGGUUUAUGCUUCAGACUGUUUUGACUAUUUUGUUAUCAGUGAGAGUCGAAUUAGACAACUAGUGGCUUAAAAAGAUGUUCAGUUAUUUAUCUGAUGGCCAGUGUAUUUGUUUCAGACAAAAUCUGAAGUUUCCCCCAGUGAAGCUGAACAAAUCAUUUACUAUCCAGUGGUACACCAAAGUUUACUAUUCAAUAUUUUAAAUCCAUGUAGCCACCCUCUGUAGUAGCUGACCUCUGUAGAUUAUAUCUUCUUAUUUGGGCUACAGCCAUGUUUUUCUAUCAUGUUAUUGCUUGCUAGCUGGUAGCAUUCAUCAGUAGUGUUACUCCUCUCUUGUCGAUAACAUCUGGUCCUUGAAAUUGUAGCUGGUCAUUAUUUAACAACUCAUAGUAGCUUAUUUUCUUCACGUACAGGUUCUAUUAUCGUAAUGUAGAUAAAACAAAAAACGUAUGUGUCUCCCUAGAUAUGAAUGUUUAUCAAAUUUUACUCUGCUUCCUUUUUUGUAAACACAAUCUUACAUUUAGUAUGUCUGGUCUAGAAAAGUAUUCACAAUAGUUUAUUUGAAUGAUUUCAUGGAUUAUUUAGCUUUUGUAGUCAUUUAUUAUCCAGGUUUUUUUUAAAGCUAAGCUUUUUUUAAAGUUGCCAUGCUUGUAAAAAGUUAAUGAAGAGCUUGUAUCUGUGUGCUCAUUAUUGCUUAUCAAUUUACAGUUUUGUUUUUUUAUGUUGUAAAUAUGUUAACUGGAUAUUAAAUUGUUUUAUUUAUAUUUAACUACAUUUUACAUUACUCCAAGGAGCAAAUUCAGUUAUAAAAAGUCUGAUGGAAAAUACAAAAAAAAUGUAAUACAAUGUAAUUAAUAUCUAUGGGGUGGAAAGAACUAUAGAGUGAAAUGUCUUGAAAGUACUCUUUGUAUUAUUUUAUAAUUUGAGCAGAUAUUAAAAUGCCUUAAUCUUUCUCUUUAACAACUUUUUUUUUGACACAUUGAUAAUGAAAAUCAAAUUAUUAAUUUAAAAAAAAAUUUAAAAUUUGAGCACCACAUUAUUUCCAUUGAUAUAAAAAUGAGUCUAAUAAACUAUUCGACUUUGUCAUUUCAUAACCUCUUAAUAACAUUCAUCAAACAAUGACCUGUUGAUCAUUUUGUUUAGAUGUUGAAAUCUGAUACAUAUCCCUGUUCACUCCCACAUUUGUAGCUUCGCACAGCCCCAGCCUAUCAGCGGCCAGGACCACCCACUCCUGGCAAACAACCCCGGAGGAUAUCUGGGAUGUUCACCCCAUCACACGGUGCCUCGCCUGCUUGGAGCGGAAAGGUCAAAGCUUUAGGCUCUCCGAUAGCACGCCCCAACCCACGAUUUACCCCUAAGAAAAGAACACCCCGAAGAUCCCCUCGGUUCAACAUCAACCCGGUUGGCGUGAGUGAAAAUGAUCAUGACGUAAGAUUUCUGACCCGUGUCUUUUGUUAUUUUAGUUUUAUUGUAAUUUAAACUUAGUUAACUCUGUUAGUGCCAGGUUGUGCCGUUAGUCUAAAUUUGUGCUGUUAAUGCAAUGUAGUCAUCUCUUCAAAUUCUACCUUUAAAAUGACAAUUCACAGAUGUUUUUAAAGAUAAAUGUCAGUUAUAAUUUUCAUACUUAGCUAAGAUGAUACAUUUUUUUGUUAAUUUUCAGCGUCGUGAGAGUGUUGCUUUCCAAAUAGGCUUUUCACCACGGACAUCUAAAGGCCCUAAAAAGAUUAAGAAAGGGUUCUUUGGCUCCAAGAGCAAAUGCAGUACCAAAUCAGAAGUGCCAGAUCAGAAGUCAAAGUCUGAGCAGCAG